GAUAACAAAACAGCGUAACCCACGAGGGUGGGGAAGAAGGAAAAAAAACACCACACCAACCAAACCAUCAGAACAGGCACCGCCAAUCGGAAGAAGAAAAGUGGCAGAAGAGUGAGAACUGCAACGGUGGGCCAUGGCGAUGCGCGACCUCGUUUCGGGUGCUGCCGCUUGCGGUGACUCUUCUUCUUCCUCCGCUAAUCCUCUUGCCUCUCUAGCCAACGCUCUUGUUGGCUCUUCCUCCAAAACUCAGGAGAGGCUGAAGGAGAUUCCGACGUCCACUCCUACUGACCCUACCUCUCAAUUUUACUCCACUGCUCUUCCCGUCAAUCAUCUUCCCGGCUCCGAAUUCGAUAAGCCUCUAUUGGAUGCAAACUCUCAGGCUUCGGAGUUUUUGCAUAGGUUCCGUGGCGCGAAUGGGAUGGAAGAGACGUGGGAUGAGAUACAGCGUGAGGCCGGGGUUGCCGGACCGCGGCAACUGGUGCCGGCGAUUCAACAGCAGCUAUUGGAUGGGACACCACAAAGAGUUCUAUCGAGUUUUUUGCACUCAUUUCUUGAUAGCAGCCGUGGUGGAGUGCCUUUUCAUCCUACCCCUCUUCCGAUGCUGGGUUUAUCUGAAGGUGAUAAACAAUGCAUACGAGACCGUAGCAGCAUAAUGGCCAGGCAUCUUUUUGCAGAUAAAAGUGAAGAAUUUAUUGAUGCACAAGUAAAUGCACUUCUAUGCUCUCUAGAUAUUGAUAGCAAUGUCCGUGGUAAGGGACCUAUGCCUGAAAGAUUUCGGGAGCUUGAGGAUUACUGGAAUGAAUCUCAAGGCAAUAUGAGACCUGGUCCUCCUGCUGCAGACGGGUGGAUUACUGAAUUUAGUCAACAUAGGGGAAAAUAUGAUAAUCCUGAUUCAUGGGCUAACUCCUUUGAGCAACAACAUGGUGCAAAUGGUUGGGCGUCUGAAUUUGAACACUCCCAAUUGUCAUCAGUAGGUCAAAUGCAAGGUAUGAACAUGUCAAACUUUGCUGCAAUGGAACAGACUCGUAUGCUUGCAAAUACAUUGGCCCAAAAUGGUGAUCCUAAAUUUCAGAACUCAAAAUUCCUUCAAUUUGUGUCGAAGAUGAGCCGUGGUGAGUUAAUUAUUGAUGACAAUCAGGUCAAAGAGAAUUCAUUACCUGCAUCUGGAGAUUGGGCAACAGAAUAUGAUCAACAAUAUAAUCGUGGUCAUGCAUGGGCUGGAGAAUAUUUAAAUGAUAAGGUUUAUCAUGGACCUGAUCAGUGGGUGAAUGAAUAUGCAACUGAAGGACGACAGCAUGAUACAACUGAUGAUCAGUGGGUUAAUGAAUUUUCAAAGUUGAAUGUUAAUGAUUGGGCAGAUGAAUUUGGUCAGCAGUUAGGUGAAGCAGCCUUAGGAGACAGCACUUCUGAUAGUUGGGCACAAGCAUAUGAUGAGUUCCUAAAUGAGCAAGUUGCUUCCAAGCAGCAGUUAGACAGUUCGAGGGGUGUGUAUGUCUUUUCAGAUUUAAACCCUUAUGUUGGCCAUCCAAAUCCCCUAAAAGAAGGCCAAGAUCUAUUCAGAAAAGGACUUUUAAGUGAAGCAGUUCUAGCAUUGGAAGCGGAAGUCAUAAAAAAUCCUGAAAAUGCUGAAGGAUGGAGACUGCUUGGAAUAGCACAUGCAGAGAAUGAUGAUGAUCAACAGGCUAUUGCAGCAAUGAUGCGUGCACAGGAGGCUGACCCGACAAACUUGGAGGUGCUUCUUGCUCUUGGUGUUAGUCAUACAAAUGAACUAGAGCAAACAUCUGCACUGAAGUAUCUAUAUGGAUGGUUGCGCCAUCACCCAAAAUAUGGAACACUUGCCCCGCCUGAGAUGUCUGAUUCUUUGUACUAUGCUGAUGUUGCUAGGUUAUUCAAUGAAGCUGCUGAACUGUCUCCGGAUGAUGCAGAUGUCCACAUAGUUCUUGGGGUCAUGUAUAACUUAUCCAGAGAAUAUGACAAAGCUAUUGCAUCUUUUGAAAGAGCACUGAAACUAAAGCCACAGGAUUACUCAUUAUGGAACAAACUGGGUGCUACACAAGCAAAUAGUAUUCAAAGUGCUGAUGCAAUAAUGGCUUACCAACAGGCACUGGAUUUAAAGCCUAACUAUGUUCGUGCUUGGGCAAAUAUGGGUAUCAGUUAUGCAAAUCAGGGUAUGUAUGACGAGUCCAUUCGAUAUUAUGUUCGAGCACUUGCCAUGAAUCCAAAAGCAGAGAAUGCAUGGCAAUAUUUGAGAAUUUCAUUAAGCUGUGCUUCUAGGAAUGACAUGUUGGAAGCUUGUGAUAGUCGUAAUUUGGACCUUCUCCAGAAGGAGUUUCCUCUACAGUAAGGGAGGGACUCUUCUACUGUCGAGGUGGUUGCUUGAACAUGAAUCCCAAUUUUCCUUAAUACUUUUGGAUGAGUAAAUGGUACAUUUUCUGACAUUAAAGCUCGCAGUAGAUGUCUGCUUCCGUAGAUAUUUCUAGAAGAAUUGAGAGGCGAUCAAGUGACUAAGCCUGCAGGUGAAUACGAUGCAUUAUUCUAUCAAUCUUUGAACAUAUGGUGUAUAUUAUGAAAUAGGCACAGUUACAGACUCCAUUUCUUAAUGUUAGAAAAGUUACUUGUCAGAGAACAGCUGCAUUAUUAAAGUUAAGGAAUGCGACGUUCCAUAAUAAAGUUGAGCUUAUCGUGUAUGUAGAUAAAUACAAGUAUACAAGAUUAAUCACAUAUUAUGUAUCUAAUUUGUCAAAACUAUAAAUAACUUAAUGACCAUCCCACUUUUUAAUUA